GUCCUCCAGUCCGCACGUGUUCUUUUAACGCUCUCUCUCCAAAAAAACAAAACAAAAAACAAACUUAAAUUUGCCGUUUUAUUUAGUUGGUUCUCGCAUCGAACAGUUUCUUUUAAAACACAAUCAUCAGCCGGUGUUGUGUGAUUGUUGAUUGAGGGUUGGAAUUCGUUCGUUCGUACAACAGUGGCCAUCGUUGAUGACUUUGAUCGUUGUGUGCUGAUCACGUUCAUCUGGAAAAACAUUUCCCGUGCAAUUUUGUGAUUGCCCGGCACGCUUGAUUAAACUUGUUGAUUGGACUCGCCCCACCUGUACGUGGUCACAGUUAUUAUUAUUAUUAUUACUUUUGUUUCCUCUUGCCCACAAAUCAUCGAAGAUGAUGUCCAUCCGACCGAAGACGGCUCUCUCUGCUGCACUUGUUUGCGUGCUGAUGUUUCUCCUUCAAGGUGCCUGUGGAAAUCCUGCUGUUGAGUUGCCAACAUCUGGAGCUUACACCAUCAACCCACAGUUUAGCAGUCCCAGUCAGACUGUCAACAUAAAAAUUGGCGAGACCGUCCGUUUACCAUGCGAAGUUCAAAAUCUCGGUACUUUUAUGGUCGUGUGGAAGAAAGAAUCGGUGCUUAUCUCUGCCGGUAGCACGAAGGUGAUCCGUGACAAUCGUCUCAACAUAGUUGGAACAUCCCUCGACAUUAAUAAAGUUUCAAGCAAAGAUUCGGGCAAUUACACUUGUGAGAUUAACACUGACGUGCCAUCUCACAUCAACAUAGCUCUCAACGUCCUCGAACCGGCCAAAGUACGUCGAUUUCCAGAAGAGGGUCGCAUUCAAGCUCGUAAAGGAGAUCCAGUUACUCUGAGGUGCAUUGGUGAAGGCAAUCCUCCUCCUUCCAUCCGAUGGAGCAAACCCGGAUUUUAUUUCCAAAAUGGCGAUGACAAAUUUCAAGGAUCGGUGCUCAGUUUUCAAGCGGUCGGUCGUCCAGACGUCGGUCUCUAUGAAUGUUCGGCUGACAACGGCGUAAGUGAACCUGCCACGGCAACCAUCGACGUUAAAGUUUUGUAUCCGCCGGAAAUUGAAAUCGAACGAAGCUGGAUUCACACCGGAGUGCACCAGGAGGCCUAUCUAACCUGCAUCGUUCACGCAGAACCUGGGGCCACUGUUCUUUGGUAUCGUGAGGAGCGAGUCAUCGUUCCGUCUGACACGCGCAUCCUAGAAUCUUCCAAUAACAAACACACACUGAUCUUGCGCAAUGUGGAGGAAUCGGAUUUCGGACUUUAUUCUUGCACGGCUGAUAACUUGCUCGGAAGAUCUUCUCAGAACAUUGAACUAUCUGGUCGCCCUAGCAGAGCGAUAUUCAAAAGCGAACCGAUGGGUAACUCGGUUGAUUCGUUCAAUCUAACGUGGAAAAUCGACAGUUAUGCACCGAUUGAAGAGUACAAACUCAUGUUCAGGAAGUUGUUUUUUAACGAAACGGACGAUCUCAAUCGCGUCUGGAAAUCGAUGAUCAUCCCGAUGAAUCAAGGCAGUUCUAGCGGACGUCACCAACAUCAUAAGCAAUCUUACAUGUUCCUCCAACUCGAUCCAGGAUCCAUCUACGAAGCCACAGUGACGGCCAGGAAUCGUUAUGGCACUUCUGAAUCUAGCGAAGCUUUCCAAUUCCACACACUUGGUCUUGAGUCUGUGCCAAAUGCGAAAAACCUGGAAAUCAAAGACGUUGGAGGAAUCGACACUGGGUUAAUGAGCAAUGGCAACAGACAACUUUACAGCAAAACGAUGGCGGAAUUGCAAUGCUUGAUCUUAGCCUUGCUGGCGGUAUCGGCUACAAAGGCCUUCACGUCCGUUUAAAUUAUCGCAUCGGGAUUCAUUGAUGUAUUUUGUCCUCCCCAAUAUUUUUUAAACAAACACAAAAAAAAAUUAUCUUUUUUUUUCCUUUUCGUCUCGUCGUGGAAUUGUGUGAAAGUGUGCGUGUCUCACGAGUUUUAGUAAAUCCUCCCCUCUCUUAUUUUUUUUUUUUAACUUUAAAAAAUAUUUAAAAAAUGAAUUCCUCAAAAAUAUGAAUCUAUAUGAGCCAACAAGAAAAGCGCAUAGCAUCAGCUAUCAACCGAAGUCCUUUAUUACGGUAUAUACAGUAUACAUACAAUAAAUGAUGUAUACGUACACCGUAUAUACCUAUACACUUCUCGGCGUCCAUAUAAAAUGUACUCGAUAUAACUAAACUAUACUCUCGUAUCCGAUAUAUAUUUGCAUAGACUGUCUAGCUGUCAUUAUAUAUAUAUAUUAUUUGUCUCAUAUUCUUCACUGUUUUUUUCUUUCAUUUUAUGUUGAUUGCGAAAAUGUCAUUCUUUCAAAAAAAAAAAAACUGUCGUGUAUCUCUUUAUACUAUUAACCCUUCGUGAGUCUUUAUAGCCUUUUUUUGCUUUUAUCCUCAUGCCUAAACACACACACCCACACACACAUACACACUGACGAGAAUAAUAUACGAAAAAUUUGUCCGAGA